GACUAACAAAAAAUAGAAAAAAACCUUUCAAUUAUUUCGAAACUAGCACUUUCUUUGCCGGACCGUGACGUUGGAUCACACCCGGAUUAUUUGAUUGACCGCUAACAAGAAGUUGCGAAGGAGAAUCAUUGCAUCAAAAAGAUAUUUGGCCUAAACAUACAGAAACCCCCUCUCUAUCUGCGGUAUGAAGUUGAACAUUGCCAACCCAGCCACUGGCUGCCAAAAAUUGAUCGAAAUCGAAGAUGAACGUCGUCUUCGUGGUUUCUAUGAUAAGCGUAUGGCCCAAGAGGUCUCUGGUGACUCCCUCGGUGGUGAGUUCAAGGGAUACGUUUUCCGUAUCUCUGGUGGUAACGAUAAGCAAGGUUUCCCCAUGAAGCAAGGUGUCCUUUUACCUUACCGUGUCAAGCUUUUGAUGUCUAAGGGUCACUCUUGUUAUCGUCCUCGUCGUACUGGUGAGCGUAAGAGAAAGUCCGUCCGUGGUUGUAUCGUCGGUUCUGACCUCUCUGUCUUGUCUCUCGUUGUUGUCAAGCAAGGUGAGCAAGAAAUUCCUGGUCUUACUGAUACCACUGUCCCCAAGCGUCUCGGUCCUAAGCGUGCUUCCAAGAUCAGAAAGUUCUUCAACUUGACCAAGGAAGAUGAUGUCCGCAAGUAUGUCAUUCGUCGUGAAGUUACCCCCAAGGGUGAGGGUAAGAAGUCUUACACAAAGGCUCCCAAGAUCCAACGUCUUGUCACCCCCCUUACUCUUCAACGUAAGAGACACAGACAAGCUCUUAAGCGCAGAAGAGCCGAAGCUUCUCAAGAGGCCGAGUCUGAGUACAAGCAAUUACUCGCUAAGCGUGUUAAGGAAACCAAGGAUAAGAAGAUUGAACGCCGUCGUACUUCUUCUAUGCAAAAGUCUGCUUCCGCUUAAACAAUUUAACAACUGUUUCCUUCAUUAAAAAAAAAAAUAAUAGUUUUUUCAUUCGACUACAAUAUUUCAAAAGAAAAGGAAAGGAAAAGGUCGAAAUUAUUAU